UGUCAAUCCAUUGCUCGAUAAUGCUGACGUAUUACUGAAAUUAUACAAUUACUGUAUACACGAUGAACUACCUUUAUGAAACUUUUACUCCUGUAAACAUUAAUCCAUAUUUUGACAAAUUACUAUGAUGCAAUUUUGCAUUAUCGCUAUCAACGAACUGUAAUAAUAGAACACAUGUCCCGACUGUCCAGCUAUAGCUUACGGAAUUCGGAUUUUUGCACGUUUUCGAGUGUGCUACUAACAUAAUUGUAUCAUUAAACGGUGCAUAAUUUAAUGCUGAAACACGUCCGUGCGAAAUGUAUUCACGUAUCUGUCUUGCAGAGAGAAGUUCACAGAAUCCAAGAAAAGUAUUCUGAUCAUGUAACCUCUAAAUAUGGAGUGUUCAAUACGAAACGGAACGGCGUAAAUAAAAGAUUCUAUCAUGAUUCUCAUUUCCCACUUCACACAACAAUAUUACCCUCGCAAUCGCGAAUCGUUAUUGCGGGUGCAGGAACAGUGGCAAAUUCUGUUGCUUAUCAUCUUGUUAUUAAUGGAUGGAACGAUGUUUUAGUACUGGAGCAGAAUAGAAUUGGCAGUGGAACAUCCCAUUUUGGAUCAGGGACGCUCGGUCUUUUUAAACCGAUAUCUCAUAGGAAUUUGAUUUCUUAUAGCAUCAAGCUAUACCAACAGCUACAAGAAACAGGGUACGACAUAGGACUAAAACAAUGCGGCAGCGUGUACUUAGCACAAACCAAAGACAGAAUGAUAGCUUUAAAAAGAAGAAUGGCUUACAAUGUCCCCACAGGCUUAGAUUGUAAAGUUUUAGGUAGAGAACAGUUAAAGAAACUGUAUCCGUACAUGCAUACAGAAGAUUUGGAAGGUGCAAUUUGGGUUCCUGAAGAUGCAAUAGCGAAUCCCAGUGCGGUUUGCGACGUUCUGGCUAAAUUAGCCAAAACUGGGGGAGCGAAAUAUAUCGAAAAUUGUCGUAUAGAGGAAGUAUGCACAGAGAACGGAGCAGUAAAAUGUGUAAAUACCGAGUAUGGAGUUGUAUCCUGCGAGUAUUUCAUUAAUUGUGCAGGGAUGUGGGCAAGACAGUUAGGCUUACGUUGUAAUCCACCUGUCAGAAUUCCCGCUUAUCCGGCGGAAAAUUUUUGUGCAAUAGUUUCUCCAUUUCCACCGAACUCAAACGUGGCCUUGCCAUGUAUCCGAGAUUACGAUUCGUAUUCGUAUAUAAGAGAAUGGCAAGGAGGCUUGUUAAUCGGUUGGUUCGAACCCGAAUCGAAACCCGCGUUCGAAAAUGGUAUCGUUCCUACAAACGAUUGGAGAAAUUAUCUAACAAUUGAUCCCGCGCACUGGAUACCUUUAUGGGAUAAAAUAAUACACAGAAUGCCUUUGUUAAAAGAUGUACAGCCUAAUGUGUACAAUUGUCCAGACAAUUUUACGCCGGACGGGAGAUGGAUAUUGGGAGAAAGUCCAGAAGUGAAGAACUAUUUCAUCGCCGUUGGCAUGAACGGGAAUUCAUUGCAAGGGGCAGGAGGAAUAGGAAAAGAAGUCGCAGAAUGUCUGAUAAACGGUGAAUCUACACAAGAAAUACUUCCUUUUAAUGUACAGAGAUUUCUGGACUUGCACAGUAGUAAGCGAUACUUGCAACAGAGAAUCAAGGAAAUCGUCGGAAGAAAUUAUGCUAUCUUAUAUCCUCAUCAAUGCGAGUACAAAUACGCUCGGAAACUUCGUUGCUCGCCUUUGUAUUCCGUCCUUGAGGAAAGGGGGGCAAUUUUCGGCGUAAAAAUGGCUUACGAACGUCCGUUAUACUUCGAUUCGACGUACAUAAGAGGUCAAAGAAAACCAGUUAUGCCGCCGGGAAGUUUCUACAAACCCAAGUUUUUUGACUUUAUGAAAGAAGAAUUUCUUGCGUGCAAGGAAGGGGUGGGAAUAAUAGAUAUGAGCUCAUUUUCGAAGAUCGAAAUCAAAUCUAGUCGUCGGGAAGUUGUGGACUAUCUCCAGCAUUUAUGCUCGAACGAUGCGGACGUUCCGGUGGGCGGUAUAGUGCACACGGGGAUGCAAAAUGAAAGAGGAGGCUACGAGAAUGAUUGCAUGUUAGUGAGACAAACCGAAAAUAGUUACUUCAUGGUUUCGCCUACGUCGCAACAAACUCGUGUUUAUCAAUGGAUGUCUAGACAUUUACCAGCCGACCAUUCGGUGGGCCUUAACGAUGUUACUUCGAAAUAUACCGUGAUCAAUUUAGUAGGACCGAAAGCAACAGGGCUCCUUUCGGAACUUUCCAAUUCCGAUAUUAAUCUUUCGCCAUUUACGUACAAAAAUGUAAACGUGGCAUACGCUUCGGACGUAAUGGUACUGUCGUUCACGCAUACCGGUGAAUCUGGUUAUUGUUUAUAUAUACCUUCAGAAUAUGCGCUUCACGUGUACUCCAGAUUAAUGGAAGUGGGCAGAGAUUACGGAGUGCGGGAUGUAGGAGUGCUCACGCAACGUUUUAUGCGAAUAGAAAGAUUUAUCCCGUUCUGGGCCGAGGAAUUGACACCGUUCGUAACGCCCUAUGAAGCUGGAAAUGGAUACAGUGUAAAGUUAGAUAAAGAGUAUUUUAUUGGAAAAUUCGCUUUACAACAUCAAAAAGAGCGAGGUGUGUCAAAGCGAUUAGUAAUGUUUGUCGUGAACGAGCUGGAUAUCAAUAAGGAUGUAUGGCCGUGGGGUGGUGAGCCAAUUUAUCGAAAUAACGAAUUCGUAGGAACGGUCACAUCGACCGGGUAUGGUUUCGCUACGGAAAGACACAUCUGCCUUGGCUUUAUCUCUUUGCCCAGGUCGAAACACACGCAGAAUAUCGUUACAACGGACUUCAUAACGGAAGCUAAAGCCCUCUACGAAAUUGAUAUCGCUGGAACCCGAUUUCCCGUUAAACCACACGUUCAUCCCUUGCCUAUACCUGCGUUUAAUACCGAAUUAAAUAAGAAGUAUAUACCGACUCCUGUUGUUGCGUACGACAGCGAUGUCUUUCGCAAAUAAAUUUCCUCAUCUCUUACGAUGUAAUACACGGGGGCGUCAGUCAUCAAAAUAAACUAAAAUUAAAAAGUAA